AUGGCAGCUGCGCGGCAGCAGCGGCGGCUGAGAGAGCGCGCGCCCAGCUUUGAAUGAGCGGGGCUGGGACUGAGCCGGCGGAGCGCAAGCUCGAGGAAGCGACCAGCAGCGCGCGCGCGCGCGCGCGCGCAGCCCGCAGCAGCUGGGCGCCUCCGCCGGGCGGGCGGGAAGCGGGAGGGGCAGGUUUUGAUUCCCACCAUGGGUAUCACACAGUUUCGGUUACUUAAAGUUUGUACCGGCCUAGCAACAGUAUUCUCAUUCCUAAAGAGAUUAAUACGCAGACCUGGCAGAGGACGGAAGUUAAGUGGAGACCAAAGAACUUUGCCAACUACAGUUGAUUAUCCAUCAAAUCCUAAGCAGACAGAUGUUGAAGAGUGGGCUUCCUGGGAUGAAGAUGCUCCCACAAGUGUAAAGAUUGAAGGAGGGAAUGGGAAUGUGGCAACACAGCAAAAUGCUUUAGACCAACUGGAACCUGACUAUUUUAAGGACAUGACACCAACUAUAAGGAAAACCCAGAAAAUCAUUAUUCAGAAGAGAGAACCAUUAAAUUUUGGCAUCCCAUAUGGUAGCACGGGUUUCUCUAGUAGACUAGCAGUUACACAAGAUAUGCCUUUUAUUCAUGGGUCUCCUGAAUUAGGUGACUUGGAUACCUGGCAGGAAAAUACCAAUGCAUGGGAAGAAGAAGAAGAUGUGGGCUGGCAAGCCAAAGAAGUUCUGAGGCAGCAGAAGAGAGAGAAAACAGAGCAGCAGAACAACAAAGGAAGAAAAUGGAAAAGGAAGCACAGGGGCUAA